AUGACAGAAACACUCAACUGUGACGGGCGAGGGGAGAACGACAAGACGACAGCCGAAUCCCCGCCGUCACCACACCCACAAUACCAACAACAUCAACAGCAGCAGCAGCAGCAGGGGAAAUGCCCGCGAGGGGGGUCGAUGUCAUUGUGGUCAAGCGCCAGAAGCUUCAGCGCGGCCCUUUCGCACACAACGGGAAUACGGAGCAUCGCGUUGAAGGCGAUGCCGCCAGAAGUGCGACAACAGCUCGGUGCCUCGCAGACGGCCGCGGGUGUUGCUUUUAAUACUCGUGUAUCAUCUAACACGGCAAAAGCCAUAACAACAAUGAACUCUGAUGGUCUUCAAACGGCUCGCUCGACGUCGAGUUCACGAGGCGUGGCUGCCGCACCAGGGGGUGCUGGAGCAGACCCCUCGAUAUGUGAAUUCCCCCCACUUCUUCUUGGGGCACUCCAAGCAACCGAAGAGGAAGUAGAGGCGGGGGAGGCGUCCAAAGAUCCCGUCGACGACGCCUCGACGGCUCCAGGGGAGGUGCGGGUGCUUGUGCGUGUGCGUCCUCUCGCUUCGAAGCGCGGUGCGAUGACCUGCUGCAAAGUACUUGCGGAGAAAAAUGUCGUGGAGCACGUUUUAUUUCCCAAUGGUAUGCAGAAUAGAGCGCAAGCCUCCCUGACCUCCAAGCAUUCCUUCUUGAGCAUAGAGGAGGCCAGCGGGUGGCGGACGCCUCGAUCGCAGCGUCUCGAGCAAAUAGGGCAAAGGUCCACCUUCACCUUCGACACUGUUCUUGGAGAGAAGACCACUCAGUCUGACACAAUGGCGCGCGUUGGAAAACCCAUGCUGGGGUGCGUGCUGAAGGGCUACAACGCCACCAUUCUCUGCUACGGGCAGAGUGGGAGCGGCAAGACGCACACGCUGCUCGGGCCGGGCGGUGGCGCCCCCAAACAACUGCGUAACCGCAACGAGGUGGGUCUGCUGCCGCGCAUGUUAGAGCAGCUCUUUGUUGACCUUCAGACGAAGUUAACCGACACCGAGGUGGGGGACAAUGUGCAGGGGACACCUGGCGAAGCACAGCUUAAGCAUCGGCAGCAACAGCAAGGUGUGAACUGGCAGGUGGAACUGAGCUCGUUGGAACUCUACAACGAGGAGCUGCUUGACCUGCUGUCGGGGUGCCCGUCAUCGCAGCCUGCACACCACUCGACCUUCUCACUCGAAACCCCAGGCGCGUCGGGCACGCACCUGACACCUGUGAGGAGCAGUUGGGAGAGGGAAUCCUCCUUCGAGUCGUCUGUCUCGCAGAAGCGCGUUGAGAAGAGCCCCAGUGUGGCGCCAGCACAUUCGAAUGCGCGGAGCCGCCGCUUCCACCGCCGUGGUGUAUCAUCGCUUUCAGCGGCCGAAGCAGCAGCGUCAGUCGAAAAGGUGCAGGGUUUGAAAAUACGCGAGGAUCCCGUUGGGGGCGUCUUCGUCGAGGGCCUUUCGUGGUGCUCAGUGCACUCCUACGAGGAAGCGAUGUGUAUUGUGUUGCAUGUCGUUCAACAGCGCCGCGUCGCCUCGACGACGCUCAACGACAAGAGUAGCCGCUCCCACUUCCUCUUCUUUGUCGCUGUGCAGUGGUGGAACGGUGUGGGGGGAGCGGAGGGACUGGAGGUGCCGCAGGGGGGCGAGCUGCCGCGUAAGGGGUGGAAGCGCUCGCUGCUGACGCUCGUCGAUCUCGCAGGCUCUGAGCGGGUGGCUGCAACAGGCGCAGAGGGGCUAAAGCUGAGGGAGGCACAAUCCAUCAAUCUCUCGCUCACGCUGCUUGGGAAUGUCAUUCAUAGGCUGACGGAGAGAAGGAAGGAGGGGGGGAGGACUCCGCAUAUUCCAUAUCGUGACUCAAAACUGACGCGGCUGCUGAAGGAGAGCAUCGGCGGAAACGCCGUCACCACGCUGCUGUGCACCAUCUCACCUGACAAGCGCAACGCAGCGGAGAGCUUGUCGACGCUGCGCUUCGCACAACGCGGUAAGCUGAUACGUAAUCGGCCGGUUAUCAAUCAUGUAGUGUCAAGGAUGGAACUCGCAGCUCGGCUGCGCGACGCCAACACCCGGAUUGGGUUGUUGGAAAUGGCAAUUUAUAAGAAGGAUCAGCAACUGCAGCUGCUGAUGGACAGGGAUGAUGGCGGCCGAUCGCCUAUCCCAAGCUGCAUGAGCACACCCUGUUUGCGCCCUUCAGCGGGUGGUGGCGGGAACGCCCUGGAGAGUGAGCAGAACACGCAGCAGACCGACACGCCCGCACACGGAGAGGAUGCCCGGUGGCUCACCGAGGAGCUGCUCAUGUACAAGAAAUAUCUGUCUCGGGAGCGCGAGGAGCAUGCGCGAACACAGGCCAUGUUGCACCAGGAGCGGAGGAGGCUCCAGGAGAUGGAGGCGAUGUCGAAUUACCGCGCGCCAUCAGCGUCAGGAAGGGUGCCGACGCCGAGGAUCGACAAGAUGAACAGCGCCAUGGCAUCAACCACUUCCACCAGCGACGACUCCGCACGAUUGAGCAAAGGCAGGCACAUGCAUGUGUCGAGGCAGACGACCGACGGUUGGGUGUGGCGGUGUUAUGUGGUGCACGCCCCACCCCGCAAUUCCUUCCUGUACGACAUCCCAAGGCGUCUCCUGUUUUGGAUUGCGUCGUUUCUGCCGAGAGAAACAUCUUCGGAGGCAGAGAGCGGCCGCACCGCUGUGCGUUUCGGCGAGCAACUGCUAUCGGCGGCCACCUACUUCUCGGGGCAAGCCUCACGGUACCGAACCGCUGCGGUAAGUGGCGACAGCACGACGGAGAAGAACGGCGUGGCGGGUCGGCACGCGUCGCCGCAUGUCCCCGCAGCAUCGCCGGUGGAUAAGCUGCAGCUGGUUAAACUCCUCAUGCGGCACGGUGUUUCCGACACAAUUCAGAUGUAA